CAGCAGCUCACACAUUUUAAAUCCACCAAACAAACAAACUGAACAUCCGGGAAACGAAACCUGAUCUGCAAAAGACGUGGAAUGUCUUAUUUCUUUUCUUCCGCCCUUCAAACCCGGUAAUGAUGGAGGAGUAAAAAGCGACAGGAUUGGUGGAUGCAGCCAGCAAAGGAGAAAUGUAAACCGCUUGGUUUUGUUGCAUCGGGGGGGUUGAAAACUGAACGCUCCCCUCUUGUUUUUUUUCUUCCUUUCUUCAAUGACAGCAGGAGCCAGCCAGCCAGCCAGCCAGCCGGGCGGUGCGGAGCGGCGCGGUGCGGUGCUGUGCGGUGGGAAAGCUUCCACCGGUACGAGAAGGAUUUCCCGGCAAGUCUGCGAUGCAGUGAAGGGAUAGAAGAUGAAAAUACACAAGAAGGACAAGCAGCAGAUGUUCACUGGUGUCCUGAAGCAUACGCCACCUCCGGCCUCCGCCGCUGCAGCCUCCGCCUCCUCCUCCUCUCUGCCUCGGACCAAAAGAGUCACGCACAAACCACAGUUCCCACGAUCCCGCGGGGCCACCUGGUCCUGGGCCCCAAGGACAAGCUCCGCCUCCUCACCCCCGUGGGCAGCACGGCGGCGCCCAAUCACUGCGCCGGGGCGGCUGGGGCCCCCGCCACUAAGCACUCCGGAGGAGCCGCGAGACCUCCUUCCUCUCUGAGCGAGGAGGACGAUGGAGGAGGAGGAGGAGGAGGAGGAGGCAGGGUUAAGAAGAAACGGAAGAAAAAGGACAAGAGAGAACGGGAGAAAGGAGGAGUGGAGGCGGAGGAAAGGGAAAGCAGCAAACCAAAGAAACGAAAGGAGGAGAAGGUGGCGACGACGACGGUGGUCACGCUGAGGAAGGAGCCCAGGGAGCGAAAGAAGGGCAGGACCAAGGGGGCGGAGCUGAAGAACGUGGCGGUGGGGAAAGCACCCGGGGCCACAGUGGCCCCCGGACCAGCUCAGCUGCCUGUUAAAGUGCCCGGCAAAAGAGGAAGGAAACCCAAGAUCAAAGUCCUACCUCCUGUUCCCCCCAAUCAAGCACCUCCCCCUAUCCAAGGGGUCCACGCUAAGGGGCUGGCGCACAGCGCCCAGAGCCAUGGCAAGAACCAUAGACAGGCCGACAGCAAGACCCCAGUCCCCUCAGCGCCAAAACAGAGGGGCCGCAAACCCAGAGAUCCUGGCGCAGCGCCCGUGGAGAAGAAGAAGAAGGGAAAGAGGAGAAACCAGGAGCUGGCUGUCCAGGAGGGGGCGGAGAGUGACGACACUACCUCAAUGUCAGCCCUCAACAUGGGCGGAGAGGACAGCCAAGACCCCCUGGAUAACGCGAAGCGGCGUUCGGGGCGCCAGGUCAAGAGGAGGAAGUAUAACGAGGAUUUGGACUUCAAGGUGGUAGACGAUGACGGAGAGACGAUCGCAGUCCUGGGAGCCGGGCGCAUCUCGGCGCUUAACGCCACCGCUCUGGCAUGGCAGACUGAGGAACCACCUGAAGAUGAGGCCAACAUCAUUGAGAAAAUUCUGUCUGUCAAAACAGUGAAGAAAGAGACUUUAUCAUCAGAGGACCAAGCCGAGGAGACAGAGACGUUUUAUGUCAAGUACAGAAAUUUUUCCUACCUACACUGCAAGUGGGCCACUCUGGAAGAGCUGGAGAAAGAUCCCAGAAUCCACCAGAAGAUUAAACGCUUCAGGACCAAACAGGCCCAGAUGAAGCACCUGUUCACCGAGCCCGAUGAGGACUUAUUUAACCCAGACUAUAUAGAGGUGGACAGAGUGCUGGAGGUGGCCGUUACCACGGAUACUGAGACCGGAGAGGAGGUGACCCAUUACCUGGUUAAGUGGUGCAGUCUGUCCUACGAGGAGGCCACGUGGGAGCUGCAGGAGGACCUGGACCCGGAGAAGAUCAAAGAGUUUGAGGGGAUCCAGAAACUGCCACCAGACCUCCGACACAUGGAGCGUCCUCCUCCGGAGAAAUGGCAGAAGUUGGACCACUCCAGAGAUUACCGGAAUGGAAACAUGCUCAGAGAAUACCAGUUAGAGGGGAUGAACUGGUUACUGUUCAACUGGUACAACAGAAAAAACUGCAUACUGGCCGAUGAGAUGGGGCUGGGAAAGACCAUCCAGUCCAUCACCUUUCUGUACGAGAUCUUCAGCAUGGGGAUCCGCGGGCCCUUCCUCAUCAUCGCCCCCCUGUCCACCAUCACCAACUGGGAGAGGGAGUUUCGCACGUGGACGCACAUGAACGUCAUCGUGUACCACGGCUCGCAGAUCAGCCGGCAGAUGAUCCUGCAGUACGAGAUGUUUUACAGGGACCCACAGGGUAACACUAUCCCAGGUGUGCUGAAGUUCCACGGGGUGAUCACCACCUUCGAGAUGAUCAUGGCUGACUCUCCGGAGCUGAAGAAGCUCCACUGGCGCUGCGUGGUGAUCGACGAAGCCCACCGCCUGAAAAACAGGAACUGCAAACUACUGGAGGGACUCAAGCUCAUGAACCUGGAACACAAGGUUCUGCUGACAGGGACCCCUUUGCAGAACUCAGUGGAGGAGUUGUUCAGCCUGUUGAAUUUCCUGGAGCCGCUGCAGUUUCCUUCCGAAAGCACCUUCCUGGAAGAAUUCGGAGACCUCAAAACCGAUGAACAGGUGAAGAAGCUCCAGGCCAUUCUGAAGCCCAUGAUGUUGAGGAGACUGAAGGACGAUGUAGAAAAAAACCUGGCGCCUAAACAAGAGACCAUCAUAGAGGUGGAGCUGACCAACAUUCAAAAGAAAUAUUACCGAGCCAUCUUAGAGAAGAACUUCUCCUUCCUGUCCAAAGGAGCAAACCAGCACAACAUGCCCAACCUCAUUAACACCAUGAUGGAGCUCCGCAAGUGCUGCAACCACCCCUACCUUAUCACAGGAGCGGAGGAGAAGAUUCUGGAAAGCUUCAGGAAGUACCACAGUCCGGACGCGCUGGACUUCCAGCUGCAGGCCAUGAUCCAGGCCGCUGGUAAACUGGUGCUGAUCGACAAGCUGCUGCCCAAACUGCUGGCCGGGGGACACAAAGUCCUGGUCUUCUCCCAGAUGGUCCGCUGUCUGGACAUCAUGGAGGACUACCUCAUACAGAGACGCUACACGUACGAACGCAUUGACGGCCGCGUGCGAGGGAACCUGCGGCAGGCGGCCAUCGACAGGUUCUGCAAGCCCGACUCGGACCGCUUUGUUUUCCUGCUGUGCACCCGAGCCGGAGGGCUGGGAAUCAACCUGACGGCUGCAGACACCUGCAUCAUCUUCGACUCCGACUGGAACCCCCAGAACGACUUGCAGGCCCAGGCACGCUGCCACCGGAUUGGCCAGAGCAAAGCGGUGAAAGUAUACAGACUGAUCACGAGGAACUCGUACGAGAGGGAAAUGUUUGACAAGGCCAGUCUGAAGCUGGGAUUGGACAAAGCCGUCCUCCAGGACAUCAACCGCAAGGGAAGCCUCAACGGGGUUCAGCAGCUUUCGAAGCUGGAGGUGGAGGAUCUGUUGAAAAAAGGAGCAUACGGAGCACUGAUGGACGAGAAUGCCAGUUUCAUCUCAUCUGGUAACAGAACGGACAUUUCUCUGGACGACCCCAACUUCUGGCAGAAAUGGGCCAAGAUCGCUGAGGUGGAGAUCGACUCCAAAUCGGAGAAGGAGUCCCUGGUGAUCGACACACCUCGGGUGAGGAAACAGACCCGUCACUACAACUCCUUCGAGGACGACGAGCUGAUGGAGUUCUCGGAGCUGGACAGCGACUCGGAGGAGCGGCCGUGCAGGACUCGCCGCCUGGGCGAGCGCAGCCGGCGGUACCUCCGUGCCGAGUGCUUCCGGGUUGAAAAGAACCUGCUUAUCUUCGGAUGGGGUCGGUGGAAGGACAUCCUGAACCACGGGCGGUUUAAAUGGCACCUGGCAGAGAGAGACAUGGAGGUGAUCUGUAGGGCUCUGCUGGUCUACUGCCUGAGACACUACAAAGGCGACGACAAGAUCAAGAGCUUCAUCUGGGAUCUGAUCACACCCACCAAGGAGGGCCAGGACCAGGCGCUGCUCAAUCACUCCGGUUUAUCGGCUCCGGUUCCUCGCGGUCGGAAGGGGAAGAAGCUGAAGAACCAGCUGAAUGUUUCGGAGGUGAAGAACGCUGACUGGCUGGUCCACUGUAACCCUGAGGUGGUGCUGCAGGACGAGAGCUACAAGAAGCACCUCAAACAACACUGCAACAAGGUGCUACUGAGGGUGCGGAUGUUGUACUACCUAAAGGUGGAGGUGUUGGGUGACGCUACCAAUCAAGCCCAGGAGGGGAUACCAGCCAGUAAACUGGAGGUGUCGCUACCCGACAUCGACUACAUAGAGAUUCCAGCUACGUGGUGGGAUGCCGAAGCUGACAAAUCUCUCCUCAUAGGAGUCCACAAACACGGCUACGAGCGGUACAACGCCAUGCGUGCAGAUCCAGACCUGUGUUUCCUGGAGAGAGUGGGGAUGCCAGACGUCACCGCGCUGUCUGCUGAGCAGGGAGGAGGGGAGGGGGCCCCCGACAUGGCCGACAGCGUGUGCAAAACGGAGGAGGCGAAGGACGAGAGUGAAAGCAAAGCUGACGGAGGGGAGGACAGAGACGAGAGCAGCAAGGGAGAGGAAACCUGCUCCAGCACGGAUACCUCCGACAAGCCUGACAGCACCGGUCCAGACUCCCAGAUGUCAGGUGACUUGUGCGCCCAGGAUGCGACAUUGGUCACCACCACCACGACAACGGGAACAGGGACUGGGGUGGCGUCUCUCCAUGUGGUCCAAGCCCGGCCCCUCUGGCCCACCGGCCCCGCCCUGACGGCCCGUUUACGCCGCCUGAUCACCGCCUACCAGCGCUUCACGCUGCGCCGCGAGCCGCUGCUCCGGCACGACUUCCUGCUCCACGACGGCCUCGUCGGCAUGGGGAUGGGAGGGGCCGCAGCCGGAGCCGCUCACAGCCAUCACGCCGCCGGGCCGCUGGCGUGGCAGCUGGGCGAGGAGCUCAGGCGGUGCUCGGUGGUCGCCACGGAACCCGACCCCUUGUUCCUGGAGUGGCAGAGAAGGUGGACUCGUCGAGAGCAAGCAGAUUUUUACCGCACCGUGUCAUCAUUCGGGGUGGUGUACGACCCAGAGAGGAAGUCCUUCGACUGGUCCCAGUUCAGAGCGCUGGCCCGACUGGAGAGGAAGACGGACGAGAGUCUGGAGAAAUACUUCAACUCCUUCGUCAACAUGUGUAGGACGGCCUGCAAACUGCCUCCGAGGAAGGAAGAAGCUGCAGCCCUCAUGUCCCUCCUGGGGACCUCGUUCCUGGGGAACAUUACUGCCCCAUGCUGGUGGGAGGAUUCAGGGCUGGUGGAUCCCGCUGUGCUGGUGGAGCCUCUGACCGAAGAGAGAGCUGCCCGGACUUUAUACCGCAUCGAGCUGCUCCGGAAGAUCAGAGAGCAGGUUCUCCGUCACCCGUUGCUCUCGGCCCGCCUCCAGCUGUGCCGCCCCUCCCUCUACCUUCCAGUCUGGUGGGAGUCUGGCAAACACGACCGCGACCUCCUGAUCGGGGCGGCGCGCCACGGCCUGAGCCGCACCGACUUCUACAUCCUGAACGACCCCCAGCUGAGCUUCCUGGAAGCUCACAGGAACUACGUCAGGGGGCACCCAGCUCAUCUUCACCCCCAGAGCCACCACCACCCGGGCUUGGUGACUCACUCUAGCAUCACUUCUUCGUCGUCCUCGUCUAAUCCGCAGCUGCCUCUGCCUCACUGCUGCCUGUAUGAUUCGGGUCUGGGUCGCCACUCCCCUCAGCCCCCCGAGUAUCCCCACCAGUCCUCUCACCACCACCACCACGCCCACCACCAGCAUCACUCCGUGCCUCCAUCGGCUCCUUCUCCUUCCUCUUCCUCCUCCUCUCACCCUCACCUCCAACCUCUGCCGUUGGACGCCCAAAAUUCUGCCUCCCCAAGUCUGGGAAUAGUUCCUGGCUCCCGGGGAGAUUUCCUCGACUGUCCCCCUCUGGAUGAAACCCUGGAGCUGGGUGUGCUGCAGCAUGACCCCCUGUCUGCAGAUGCUUUACACGGAGGGAAGGCGUCCAAAGACGCCCUCAACGGUUUCCCGUUCAAUUCGGCGGCGGGGGGCCAGAGCAUGCUCAACUCGUACGGCGUGGGGGGAACGGACCUCGAUUUGAAACUAAGGAGUGACGUGCUUGUAGGUGAGCAGGGCUCCUCAGAGGAAACGGGCCUGAUGGCGCCAUCAGUGGAGCUGGAUCAGUUACAGGCUCCCUGGGACGGCACGGACCACUCCAGUCCAGCUCACCACAUGUUCAAUGAAUCGGAUCCCAUCCUGGGUCCUCCCACUCUGGAGACCGGCUUCCUGGAGGACGAGGAGGCCCAGGGGGGAGACCGGGGAGGGGAGGAAGGGGGAACUCUGGAGGAGUGUCUGGGCCUUCCACCCUCAUCCUCCCCCUCCCACCCGUCUGCAGGAGAUUCUGUGGAGCCGCUGUCCUCAAGUUAUAUGCUCUUCAAGGACAUUGGCGUGAGCGAGGAACCCAGCGCAGAUCAAACGGACCUGUCAGCGAGCCCCCCUCCUCCCUACGUCCCCCCUCCUCCCCUCUCUCUGUCUGGCAUCACUGGCCACGAGCCGCAGGAUAGGCUGGGCCACUCUGACGUCGCCGAGAGCCUGGCCAAUGCCGUGGAAGGAGGAGAAGGCCAGGAAGUAGGCGUAGGGUUCGAGUUUGAUGACAAGGAGGAAGAAGUGGAAGACUUGUCCAGGGCCGCCAUGGAGCACAACUUGGAAAAACAGAGCGAUCACUGUCUGGGAGGAGAGGAGUGUGAUGCAGACCAAGGCGCAGACCAAGGUUUGGGAGUCAUGGAUCCACCCAUGGACGGGAUCGUGCCAGAGCCGGGCCUUGGAGAACAGGACGAACAAGACCUUCAGGAGAGCUUCGACCAGGCCGAGCAUGAAGUGGAGUUGCCGCGAGACGUGCAUCCGUAUCUCGGGAAGCUGGGACAGGAGGGUAGCCUCGCGUGUCCUGAGUCUAUUGAAGAGCCUGGAGAGGAAGUGGGCGGGUUGAUCCUGUAUCAGACGGUGGAGGAAAACUCUCUUGACACCGAAACGUUGAUGGGCAGCGCAGCUGGAGAGGACGGACCAGCGGAGUGCGCAGAUCUGGCAGAUCAAGUGGACGAGAUCUCUGAAGGGCAGAUGGAUCACGUUUCUCUUAUGGAUGUCGCAGUGGUUGGACCCGGCGAUGAAACGGCAGCGAGCCAAUUCGACGUCAAACCCGACGAGAUGGUGCUGCAGAGCGUUUACUCGGAAUACGCCCAACCCUCCUGCCCUACUGCGUCUGUCUCAUCCCCCACAGUCGCAUCAAAGUCUGAUGAAAGCACCGCAACGAGCGGCGGCGCCGGAGUCAAAAAGGAAGUCUCCAUGGAUCAGGCGAACUACGAGGGUACAGUUGAAGAUCUGAACUCGCCAGACCACAGCAGGGACUGUAAGAAUCGAGUCCUGACAUUCUCCCUUCAUCCAGAGAGCAAAGACGAUCUGCUCGAGCAAAAUGAAAUCAGAAUUGCCCCGACUCUACCUGCAAACAGUAUUGACACGAAGCCGCCCGAUCUUAAAUUUUCUCUGUUAUCAGACCGAGGUGUUGAGAAGAAACCACAGCAACUGGAGCUGCCAGUCAAGGUAGAGGAGACCAAGACGGCUGUCGAUGUCUACCCCGACAGCUCCGAACUCAAACAUGGAAAAUUCCUUUCCUACUGCGUGAAGUCGGAAAACGUGGUGACCAAAGCUGAGCAGUUAGACUAUCCUGUCAAACCAGAAACGCCGGAGACUAAAGCCGAAGAUCUAAGCUUUCCCGUGAAGCCUGAGAGCUUGGACCGUAAACCCGAAAUCCUGCAGUUCGCCGCCUACUCAGAGGGCGCCCAAAUCAAAUCUGAAGCGAAACCAGUAGCCCUCCAGUUCGCUGUGUAUACAGACGGAGCUAAGCUGAAGACUGAGCCCGAGCCAGAGGAUUUAAGGUUAACGGCCUUCCCUGACACCUCUGCCAUCAAGCCCGAAGCCAAGCCAGAGGCUCUGGAGUUCCCGACCUACCCAGACAGCUCGGAGAUCAAACCCCAGGCCAAGCCGGAGCACCUGGAGCUGACAGCGCUACCCCAGAUCAAAGCCGAGGCCAAGCGAGAGCUGCUGGAGGCAGACAGCACCGUCCUGACCCCAAAGCUGGAGCAGGCAGACGGGCUGCUGGACGCCUCGGAGAGUCUGGGGGGGAAAGGCCCCGUGAAGGAGGAGAGGCCAUCUACACCAGUGGCCGUGGUGGAAGGUUACGCGGGCAGCCCCAGGUUUGCAGCUCCUAUUUCCAUGUGUGAGAUCCCCGACAGCCUCCAUGACACCCGGGAGCCCACCAUCGCCCAGUUGCUGCAGGAGAAAGCACUGUACUCGUUUUCUGAGUGGCCCAAGGACCGGGUUAUCAUCAACCGCCUGGACAGCAUCUGUCACGCCAUCCUGAAGGGGAAGUGGCCUUCGUCAAGUGAGCAGUACGACUCGCCCGGCUCCCUGGUGGCCAACUCUUGCCUGGCCAACAGUUUAGCCCAGCAGCAGCAGCAGCAGCAGCAGCACCACCGGGCCAGCUUUCUCCCCACCACGGCCUCCAGCUCGGUCCCAGGCCAGGCCAGGGCUCAGCAGACCAACCUCGGCCUGGGCUUCUCCAUCCCUCCCCCUCUCACAAGACUACCUAAGUACAUGUCGCGGGGCGGCGCAUGUGGGCGCGGAGCUUGGCGCCUCAACUCCUUGCCUCUCUUACAGGAGAGGCUCGUGGCUCCUCCGUACCUCCCCGAGCUCAAACGAGCGGGGGGUCGGCGGUCAUUUGACUACGAAGCCGCUGCCGCUGCAGCCGCCGCCAAGGUUUUAGCCGGGAAAUCGGCAUGCCAUGCCGCCGCCACCACGAGCUCCGGCGGCGCUACUCCGGUGGUGGCGCCGCCCUCUCACCGCACGGGAGCUGCCAUGUUGAUCAACGGCUGGCAAGAAACGGCCAUAGAUCUGACCAAGGCGUCCGGAGAAAUAAGCACCACCAGUGGCGCCGGGACGGGAGAAGCAGUCGGCCACCACGGCGCCGGCAGCUGUCACAAGCUGCCGCCUCCGCCGCCGCCCCCCAUCACCGCGCCGCUGCAAGGCUCUGUGGGAAUGGACAUGGCGGGGAUACUGCAGGCAGGGCUCAUCCAUCCUGUUACGGGCCAAAUAGUUAACGGAAGCCUGAGGGGAGAUGACUCACUGAGGAGGAGGAGAGGGAGGAGGAGAAACGUGGAAGCACUGUACUCUGAGUUCACCAAGAGCAGAGGACUGCACCUCCCAGAGACACAGGGCCGAUUGGAAGUGAUCAGCCACUCCUCCGUCUCCUCCUCCACCUCCUCGCCGUCCCCGUCUCCCUCCGAGCGCCCCGCUGGCCCCCCCACGCCGUCCUCCUCCUCCACCCCCACCCCCACCCAGACGCCUCCUCAGCCAGAGAUCGUGGCCAUCGACCGAGAGGCGGCCAGCAAAGGUCUGAUCGAGUGGCUGAGACAGAAUCCGGGCUACAGCAUGGAUCUCCCCACGUUCGCCCACUCUGGAGCAGGUCUGUUACAUGGUUUUGUGGAGCGUCCCAAGCAGAGGAGACAUCGCUGUAAAGACCCGACCAAGCUGGAUAUCAACUCUCUGACGGGGGAGGAGAGGGUUCCUGUUGUGCACCGAGGCACCGGACGCAGGCUUGGUGGUGCUAUGGCUCCGGCCAUAAAGGAGCUAUCCCGGUGGCUGGAUGCCAACUCGGAGUACUAUGUAGCUCCAGACUGGGCUGAUGUGGUCAAACACUCUGGUUUCCUCCCCGAGGGGAAGUUCUCUCGGAUCCUGACGGAACCCGUCAACAGAGACCCGGGCUCUCGCCGCCGCGGACGCCGGCCUCGCAGCGAGAUGCCUAAGCCCCUGCUGUCCGUCUCCGACUCGGCCUCAUCCGGCCUCGGCCCCCCGCUCUUCAUGAACGGCGGAUUAAUUGGCAGCAUGGACUCCAUGGUGGCCAUGCAGAACCUCCGGGGUGCUAUUCCUGGGAUUCCCAUCUCCGGCAUCAUGGCUGCUGGAUUCCCACACGGUUUCUCCGCAGCCGUCCAAGCGGGCGGAGCCGCCGGGGACGACGCCAAGAACGGGUUGAGUAUGUUACCCAUGAUGCUGCACGGCAUCCCGCACCCCCAUGGGGCUGGGAUCCCACAACACGCCUUGUUCAGCGUUGGCGCAAUGAUGGCGCACACGCCGCCCCCUCCUCCUCACCCCAGCUCCUCCUCCUCUUCUUCUUCAUCAUUGUCCGCCGCAAAGGUCACCACGACGACGGCGCCGUCGACAUCCGACGCAGCCAGCCCCUCGUCCACCACGCCCGCUGAGAGAGAGAGCGCCGCCUUUUCCGGCUCUGGCAGAGGAGAAAAGGAGCAGGCCCUGGAGGAGAAAGGAGCAGCAGAAGCCAACAAAAGAGCGGCGGAGGCGGCGGCCGUCAUUACCUCCACCAGCAGAGCCCACGUCGGCGCCGCGCACCUCGGAGCCGGCACCGGCAGCCAUCUCACCUUCAACCCCUUCCUGAUCCCGGGCAUGUCCCACGGCCUGCUGUACCCGCACAUGUUCCUGCCCCACGGCGGCAUCAUGGCGCUGCCCGCCAUGCCUCCCGGCCCAGGCGACGGCUCCCCGGGCAGCCCCAAGAGGAGGAAGAAGAGGGAGAAAGAGGAGGAGAGGGAGAAGGCGGCGGCGGGAAAGGGAGAGGAGCGAGAAAGUACAGUCAAGGCUAACGCCAGCUCCUCGUCUCCCUCCGUCCCUCCCUCUACCUCGGCUCCAGACCCAGGCCCGUGCGCGACCGAAGAGGACGGUCCCGCGGAGCCCCAGGAACCGGACUCCCGUAACCCUCCCGAGGGAGCGGCGGCGGCGGAGGAGAGGGAGGAGAGAUUGAAGGACAACGGGGGAGGGGCAACAGAGGAGGAGAAGCGGGACGCUGAGGAGCAGAGACAGGCGGAGGGAGAGGAUGCGUAGAGGAGGAGAAAACUGCGGAGAGACGACCACUUCCCGCUCCCCUCCUCCGGCCUCCCUCGCCGCUCCUCUCUCGACUGAGCAACAGUGUAAAGUUUGUGCCGUGUCUGUCAGUCAAUGUCCAUGUAAAGACUUUUAUUAUGAUGAUGACUAACGAUAACGAUGAUGAUGAUUAUAUUCAACUUAGUUCUGUUUCUAUACCAAGACCCCACCCACCCUGUCCACUCCCUCCUUGUAUACAAAAAAAAACAAAAAAAAACAACCAGUGUAAGAAAUGAUCUUCUGUGUAUUCUCCCCCUUCAUUCUGCAUCGAGACUGAGUCGGGAGGGACACUCAAUAGGAACACACACAGACACACACGCACACACACACACACACACACACUGCAGGCAAGCUUUGCUAACCAAGGAGCAGCGUUGGCGGUAAUGAUUCGGUCAUAAGCUAAAAGUGAUCCGAGGUGGUGUGUUUGCAAAGUUCUGGACUGGUGUGUUUUUGCGCGGACUAGAGGAUGUGUAGCUCAGCUGUCACGAGUUUGGUUCUCUAAAGUCGGUCAAAUUUCUCACCCCAGUUUAUAUACGUUUAUGUUUGAGGUCCAAACCCGAGCCAGAGUACUGUCUUGUUAUGUUUGACUUUUGCCACGCUCCACUAAACUGAGUGAUAUUU